AUGUGGUUGGUGUGGGCGCCGCAGACCUUAUACGAUGUGCAUUUCCUUGCCAACGACUGGCUCCAUCGACUGUUCAAGGGCGCUGAAUUAGCCACAUUCGCUUUUAUUGGAGCAUGUGCUGCCCAAUUCGACCCAUGGAACGUCACUUGGAGCGCCGAAGUCAGUCAGGAAGCUGCAAUUCUCAAUGCCAAGGCAAGCAGUUUCAGAGGAGUCGCCAUCUCCUACGCCGUUGGGAGAGCAUUGCUGGCCCUACAAUACGGGUUCGUCUGUAUUCGUGUUCUCGUUCAAAGUAUUGACAGUGCUGUUCCGGAGUCCAAGGGCCAUUUGUCGCUUGCUCUGGUCCCGGGGCUCGUGCACGGAGUCUCUGGAGGACUAUGGAUCACUGCUGCAUUCCUGUCACAGUCACAAGCAGCCAAACUGGCACUCGCAUACUCAGGAAUCUUCCUAGAGUUUGUUUUCGUGGUCUUUCAACCCCUUUUCGAACACGGCUACAUCGAUCCACCAGCCGAAAUCAUCAGCGAACGAUUCGGUGCACUCACCCUAAUUAUCCUAGGUGAAGGCAUUAUCGGCUUGAUCCGGAAUUUCAGCUUUGUCAUAAGCGGGUUCGGGUUUACCACCACGGCAUCUUGGCAUUUCAUGUUCCAUGGUUUCUCUGCACACACAUUUGGCGCACAACGCAGCUCUGGCGCUCUUUGGCUUAUCCUUCACCUGCCAUUGCACUUCUCCCUCCUCCUCCUCUUCGCUGGUAUUCGUACGGCCACAGUGUAUGGCAACAUGGUGGGCGCGAUACAGGAGGUCCAAAACACACUUAGCCCUAUAGUGUCGGCGAUGCAAGGUGGAGAUCUGGAACUCCAUACCGUCCAGAGCCAGAAUGUGUGGAUGACAAUGCAGCUCGGAAAACUAGACAUGCCCACGCGCUGGGAAGACCAAGUCGGAAUCUGGCAGAAAGCAAUUGGAAACCGCAGUGAACCAGCCGUCGACCUCACCAUCAGCAGCUAUGGAUAUAUUGCCGAAAUAUGGCUCGCAAUUGCCGAUUCCUUCGAAGUCGAACUUUCCGACACCCUCAUCAACCAAACUGAAGUGAUUGCAAACCUAAACGACACAUGGAUUUCCAACCCGGUAACUCGUGUGGCACUGGAGCAGGCAGACGAUAGCAUGUACCUAUCCUUCGCUAAUGACUUCAGCGUCGAGAUUGCCCAAGGAGUGCUGUUCUUCUUCCCAGCUGCGGUUUUGCUUCGCACGCAGCCCCAAGGAGUAUGGAUGUGGGUCUUGUGGUUUCUCCAGCUCAGCGCUGGAAUCGUCCUGUGUCUGCUCGGAUUCCUUGGCCAGGGAAACCAAUUCCAGAAUCCUGCCAACGAGGCCGCGUUGUUGGUAUACAAGCUGCUGGAUGUGAGUUGGCUUAUGCCAAUCGUCUCCAUUGUGUAUGGCUCCCUGAUAAUUCUCGAAUAUUGUUUGAUUUGGCAUCCAACUGGAGACACAGUGGCUUCUUCGCCUCGCCAAAUGGAGGUCACUCCACCAAGAACCGAUGGCACAACACGCGAAGUCUUAUUGGAUGCAGCAGCGUCAGCCGAGGAAGGUAGAGGCACACUACUGCAUAUUCCUCAAUUUCACAUCGACGGCGUUGUGGUUGACAAGCAAACCCCUGCCAAAGAACGUUCAGCAUGA